CCUGUGAGUAUGGAGAAGUAGCACGACUUUGCGGCCAUAUAUGUGCUCUUUAGGGUCGGAUGAAGACACGUUAACCGUGUGCUCGACUCAAGUAUUAAGCGAGUUUUAUCUGAAGGGGAUCAUGAUGCUUUGGGAGCGACUGUAGACAUGGGUCGGUCGUCCCUCGUUUUCCUGGUCGCUGUACUUCAGGCAACUGAAUGUGCCGUGAUCUCAACGGACACUUUAGGUUCGGAAUCCUGCAAGGAUUACGGACAGGCGUUUGAUCGGAUGUUCGCGAUCCCCGGUGAAGCGGCGAUACUGGAGUGUCCACUGCAGAUGCAUUAUCUCUUUAACACAACAGAAACCCCAUACAACGUCACAUGGUAUGAUGAGAGAACGGGCUCCGAGAUCACGGAGCUGGAGCAGAGCGUCAUGCUCAAGGAAACACAACUGUGUUUCUUCAACGUCAGCAUGCAGCAGCAAGGAAAGUACUCCUGUGUGGUCAGGACUCAAAGUGAGUGCUACAAACUGGCGACAGGACUGGUGGUGACCGAAAUGACAUCAGAAAACUGUGAGAGACCACAGUGGGGAGUCCAUUGGAUCAGGCUUCAUGUGAACGAUCUCCUCGCCUGCCCUCUGAGGAAAUAUCUGAAGAGCGUGGACAGUCCGUCCAUCCAGUGGUACAAGAACUGUGAGCUCCUUCACGAAGAUAAGAAGUUUACUCCAAUUCUAGAUAUGCUUUACAUACGCAACACAACUCAAGACGACGUCGGAUUUUACACCUGCAAGAUGACCUUUCGUCUAGCUGGAGUCGUCCUUGAAAUGGCCGAAACUAUAAAUUGUGAAGUGAAGGAUGAAUAUUUAAAGAAGCCAGAAAUGAUCGAGCCGGUUAAUGAGAUCAUCAAAGUGGAGAGGGGUUCAUCUUUCAGGAAGGACUGUGUGGUCGCUGUUCGGGGAAAAGGGAUUCCCAUGGUUGAUGUGUUCUGGGUGACUGAAGAGGAGCUUAUAUCCUUUGACACAUCACAUCGCAUUCAUCAGAAACCCAUGAAUGAAAGCAGAACGAAUGAUGGUUUUCUUGUGGUGCGAACACUCUUUCUGUCUGCUGUAUGGGAGGAAGAUUUCUACGUAAACUUCACCUGUAUUGCGUCCAGCGGCCGAGGACAACUGUUCAGCCAGAUCUCACUCGUCCCUGCAACAGAUGGGAACCUUUUCUUGCUUCUCGGUCUUCUUCUGGGCUCGAUGGCAUUGUUUUUCGUGAUAGGUGUGCUUCUGUGCACCAUAUUCAAGGUGGAGCUGGCCUUGUGGGUCAGGACUGUGUUUCCAUUUCUCUACAAAACCACAGAUGGUGAUGGGAAGCAGUAUGAUGCAUACAUCGCCUAUCCCAGAGUCCUUGAAGGCUCAAGUGAAAAGUCUGAGAUUUUUGCGAUGAGUACUUUGCCGCAGGUCUUGGAGGGCCAGUACGGAUAUAAGCUGUUCAUCUUGGGCCGGGACGGCCUGCCUGGGGAAGCUGUGGUGGACGUGGUGCAGGACGCUCUGAGCCGCUGUCGCAGACUCCUGCUGCUCUACACGGCGUCGUCUCUGUGCAGCCCGGAGGCGCAGGACUGGGCCGAGCAGCAGACCGGUCUGUACCAAGCGCUGGUGGAGGACUCUAUUAACAUUGUGCUGCUGGAGCUGGAGGAGAUCCACCAGCCGCUGCGGCUGCCCCUCGCCGUGCGCCUCCUAAAGGACAAACAGGGAGCUCUGCAGGCCUGGAAGAGAAGGAAGAGGUGGGCGUUCUGCGACGGGAAGUCAGAGGACCGUGUGACCUCUCUCCAGCCCUCGGCGCGCUUCUGGAGGGAGGUGCGCUACCAUAUGCCCAUCAGAGGCAAAGCUAAAGAGAGAAACUGGUUUAGUUUCUAGACUAACACUACAUGUGAACACUCAGGGUCAAGUUGUACUGUGUAUAGUGAUGCUGUCAGCAAUCUGGAAUGGUUUUCUGCUGCUUUUUCUGAAGCAGUUCUUCAGAACUUUCUGAAGAAGUUUAUUUUUGGUUUAACCAAAUGAUGAGUCAUAGCUUUCCUUAUGACUUUCCUCUUUUUAUGGUUUCUAAGGAUAGAAACUAGACAGGGCGAGGCCAAAACGUGGUACUUUGUUUUUGUUUCAGGGAGGAUGCACUGAAUGAAGAUGUUUAUGAUGUUUAAAAUUAAAAGUUUUUGAACUUUCUGUUCAUCAAAGAAUCCUGAAAGAUUAAAUGUAUUAUGGUUUCCCCAAGAAUAUGUGUCAGCACGACUGUUUUCAACAGUGAUCAUAAUCAGAAAUGUUUCUCGAGCAGUAAAUCAGCAUAUUUUCAUGAUUUCUGAAGAUCAUGUGACACUGAAGACUGGAGGAAUGAUGCUGAAAAUACAGCGGAGCAUCACAGAAAUAAAUUACAGUUUAACAGAGAUUCACACAGGAAACAGUUAUUUUAAACAUUCAACAGUUUUUAAGUUUUUUUUUUUACUGUAUUUUUGAUCAAAUACAGCCUUGGUGAGCUAUUUUAUGGAGAGUAAUUGGAUUUGUACUUCUGGAGUUCAGCUGUUAAUCUGAUUGCAAGCUCUAAAUCUCAACCUCAGAAAGAUGAGAAUCCUGAGGUCUGUCGUUUCCUGAACAUGAAACCAGACCUGAUGCGGUUUCUGAUAUUUUCUGGUUUGUAUGAGAGGUAACGUCAAAGUGUGCUGAGAUCAGAAAACACUUGCAUGUCAAGCGUUUUGUGGGCAGAAAUUAUGUAUAUAAGAGAAACUUUCUCAUGAUUUGUUGUGAGAUACAGGCUUUUGUCAGUAUAUACUUCUAAAUUGUAUUGUCACACAUUUGAGCAUUCCUGUUAUUUUUAAAGACAUUUUCCAAACAUUUUUACUAUGUUUUAUGUACAGUAUAGAUUACAUUUUUACUGUAAAUAGGAAUAUUCAGAAAAACAUUUAUUAAAAUGUUAAAAUAC